AUGGCGGCUGGUAUAAUCGGGAAGAAGCACGUCGGUCCCGGAUCUGUUUACCCCUUUGACUUCGCCUACACGGAGGAAAACAGCUCCGUCCUCCAGGUGGGCAGGAACAUCACCCGGAUCAAACUUCUGGUCCGCAAGUUCUUCCAGACUCACAAGGAGGAAGCAGCCGAGCGACGGCGAGUAAGAGGCGCGGGAACSAGCGGCGGCCCGAAUGCAGAGGAGGAGGAGAGGCCGUUUUUUCUUUACGUGGCCUUCCAUGACACCCACCGAUGUGGCCAUUCKCAGCCCCAGUAUGGGGCUUUCUGUGAGAAGUUUGGGAACGGAGAACCGGGAAUGGGUUUAAUUCCUGACUGGAAGCCAGUGUACUACACACCAGAGCAAGUUAAGGUUCCUCCCUUCGUACCYGACACACCGGCUGCUCGGGCCGACCUGGCUGCACAGUACACCACAGUCAGCCGGCUGGAUCAGGGUAUCGGGUUGGUUCUUCAGGAGCUGCGGGAUGCCGGUUACGACAACGACACUCUGAUCAUCUACAGCUCAGACAACGGGAUCCCUUUCCCCAAYGGCAGAACCAACCUGUAUCGGUCAGGAACCGCCGAACCCAUGUUGGUUUCCUCCCCGGAUCACAGGGAGCGGUGGGGCAACACCAGCCAGGCCUUCRUCAGUCUGCUGGACAUCACUCCCACCGUCCUGGACUGGUUUUCUGUCCCUUAUCCAUCCUACAUCCUCCCUGAGAGUCCGUCCUUGCAGGUCCUCCUCACUGGCCGCUCCUUGCUGCCCGCUUUGACCUCUGACCCCAGCAGCUGGAACACGGUGUACUCCAGCCAGUCGCUGCACGAGGUGACCAUGUACUACCCGAUCCGCUCCGUCCACCAGGGGGCGUACCACCUCCUUCACAACAUGCACUACCGCAUGCCCUUCCCCAUCGACCAGGACCUGUACGUGUCCCCGACCUUCCAGGACCUGCUGAACCGRACCAGGCUGCAGCGGCCGACUCACUGGUUCAAGAGUCUGGACCAGUAUUACUACAGGGAGCGCUGGGAGCUGUUCGACACCAGGACCGACCCUCAGGAAGCCAAGAACCUGGCGUCGGACCCGUCCUACAGCGGCGUGCUGGACAACCUGAGG